AUGAACCUAAUCUGGAUAUUUGGGUUCGCCAAAUGCACACCCCUGGAGAAGGUCUGGGAUGGCAGUGUCCCCGGAACAUGCUGGGAUAAGACCAAGUUGGUUCGAUACCAGCUCUUUGCAGCAUAUUAUUCAGCCGUCCUCGACUUUGUGCUGGCCUUUCUGCCCUGGCCGAUCCUGAUGAGGGCAACAAUGAGACGUCGCGAAAGACUCGGUGUUGCCAUCGCCAUGAGCUUGGGUGCUAUGUAA